AUGUCCAGGGGUGGCAGGUUCGAUUUUGACGAUGGAGGGUCGUAUUGUGGAGGUUGGGAAGAUGGCAAGGCUCAUGGACAUGGCAUCUGCACCGGCCCAAAGGGCCAAGGGGAGUACGCGGGCUCUUGGAGCCAUGGCUUCGAGGUGGUUGGAGUGUACACCUGGCCAAGUGGUAAUACCUACCAGGGGACAUGGGCACAAGGGAAGAGGCAUGGCAUCGGAGUGGAGAGCAAGGGAAAGUGGGUCUACAAAGGCGAAUGGUGCCAUGGUUUCAAAGGACGAUAUGGGGUUCGGGAGAGCAUUGGCAGUGGAGCCAAGUACGAAGGGACCUGGAACAAUGGACUACAAGAUGGAUACGGAACAGAGACCUACAGAGAUGGAGGUACCUAUCAAGGGCAGUGGAUUGGAGGGAUGCGUCAUGGUUAUGGUGUGCGUCAGAGUGUUCCCUAUGGGAUGGCUGCUGUUAUCAGGUCUCCUCUCAGAACUUCUAUUAACUCUCUAAGAAGUGAACAUAGUAAUGGUACAGCCAUACACCCAGACACUCCAGCUGGAAGUCCUGCAGGAUCAAGGGGGGGCUUUGUUCUCACUAUGCAUAGUGACAAUGAUCUUCUUUCAACCAAAAACAAAAAGAAAGGGAUUUUUCGCAGAUCCCUUUUAAGUGGGCUGAAACUGCGAAAGUCUGAGUCCAAAAGUUCCUUGGCCAGCCAAAGAAGCAAGCAGAGCUCAUUUCGAAGUGAAGCUGGGAUGAGUACGGUCAGUUCUACAGCCAGUGAUAUCAAUUCCACAAUUAGUUUUGGUGAAGUUGAGACAGAUUUGUCAGUCAUUGAAGAUGAUAUUGAUGCAACAACAACAGAAACCUACGUGGGAGAAUGGAAAAAUGACAAACGCUCUGGGUUUGGGUUAAGCCACCGGUCUGAUGGAUUGAAAUUCGAAGGGGAGUGGCUGAGCAACAAGAGGCAUGGUUAUGGAUGUACAACAUUUCCAGACGGAACAAAAGAAGAAGGCAAAUAUAAGCAGAAUGUGUUGGUGAGUGGGAAGAGGAAGAACUUGAUUCCUUUACGGACAAGUAAGAUUCGCGACAAAGUGGAUAGGGCAGUGGAAGCAGCUGAACGGGCUGCAGCUAUUGCCAAACAGAAAGCUGAGAUUUCUGCAUCCAGGACAUCUCAUGCUAAGUCAAAAUCGGAGGUGGCUGAAACAGCUGCUCAAAAAGCUCAGGAUGAAGCGCAGCUUGCGAGGAUCACUGCCAAAGAGUUCUCACCAUCCACCCAACACCCGGGCAAUGGAAUUGAGUAUCAAAGACCGAAACACCAGAACUCAACUGAAAAUGAGAUAGACAGAAUUUCAUCAGAAAGUCCACCUCAGGAAGAAAGUCCAGAACUCUACAGGAAGGGAACUACACCUCCAGAUCUUACUCCAGAACACAGCCCUGUGCCAAGCCGAUCAUCCAGUUCACCAUCAACCUCACCACCAAAGUACAGAAAAAAGAAUCCAAGGCUUGUAAGACAGGUGAAUUUAGAACAUGACAAAGGGCAAGACAUUCAGGUGCUGCUGGAAGGAGGAAGGGAUGAAUACCCAAGACCUACUAACUGGAAUGAUAAGCCACGAUCGGGCAAUCGAAAGGGAGCAAGCAAAGGAAGCAGCCACUCAAACACACCAUCAAUAGCUGAGGAGAUCAGGGAAAGAGGUAACGAAUGCAAAUACAAACACAGACCCACUGACAGAAAACGUACAGACUCACCGACUUUUUCAUGGACAUCCUAUCGGUUGCAUAAUCAUGAUUCAGGUAGCCAGCUGCAUGAGCAGGAUGAAGAAAAACUCAGUAACUAUGAAAUGGAAAUGAAGCCCCUUCAACGCAUGGAUUCCUAUGUGCAAGAUACAUUUUCAGAAAAACACUACAGUAAUUUCAGCUCCAAAAACAUGAUGGAAGAUUAUCAUCCAGACUUUCUCAGCUAUGGAGUUCAGAGGCUAAAACCCACUGUACAAAAUAAAGAGAACUUCAGACCUAUGAGUCCCUCUGAGCCCAAUGUACAAAGGCUGGAGACCCUGAGAAUGAAUGUAAAGCUAGAGCCACGACCAUCAAGACACGAUAUUAGUAUGCCACCAAAUUCAAAAACGGUAACUAUCCAACAGUGUGAAGAGGAAAUGAUGGUUCAAUAUAAAUCUAAUUCAGGCUCCAAUCCUAUUCUGGUUGCUAUGGUGAUUUUGCUAAACAUCAGUGUCGCCAUUUUGUUUAUUCACUUUUUUAUUUGA